AUGUCUUCUACUGAGAUUGCUCCCAUCGCCCGCUACAAGGCCACCGCCGCCAAGAUUCGUGCCGUCGAGGACGGCCCUGUCAAUUUUUUGACGGGUAAGAAGUGGUCCGCUAAGCACCGAAAGCUUCUCGAAAACCGUCGCAAGCUCCCAGUAUACGUCAAUCUGGACAAGAUACUCGAGACAUACCACGGCAACGCGUACCUCGUCCUGACAAGCGACACUGGCUCCGGGAAGUCCACGCAAGUUCCCCAACUCAUCCUCCAAGAUGAGUUUGCGUCGGGUCUACGGGUCGUCUGCACCCAGCCGCGUCGCAUUGCAGCAACAAGCUUGGCCAGGAGAGUUUCUGAGGAGGCGGAUGUCGUUCUCGGCAAGGAGGUGGGCUACAAGGUCGGCGGCGACACGGCCUCUUCGGAGAACACCAGGAUUGAGUACGUGACCGAAGGCGUGCUCCUGGCCGAGCUCAUGCACGACGAAGCGCUGAGCAAGAUCGGCGUCGUCAUCAUUGACGAAGCACACGAGCGAACUGUGGAGCUUGAUGUGCUUCUAGCCCUGCUCAAGAAAAUCAAGAGAGCCCGUGACACCGACGAUCUCCAGACAAUCGUGAUGUCGGCUACUUUGAAUGCCGGCACGUUCCAAAAGUUCUACCAGAACUGUCCAGCUGUCCACAUUCCUGGCAGAAGUUUCAAUGUGGACGUCAAGUACCUCAGGUCUGGUAGCGAGACACCCAGUGUCAUCAUUUCAGCUGCCCAAACGGUGGUGUACAUCCACGAAAAGCUGCCACCUGGCCACAUUCUUGUAUUCGCGCCCGGGCAAUCGGAAAUCCUCAAAAUCAUCGAGUAUCUUCGUGUGAACACUCGCAAGAUGGAGAUGAGGGCCUUGUAUUCGAAGCUGGCAGGUUCUCAGCAACAAAUAGUGCUGGACCCGAAAGGACCCAGGCAAUGUAUUGUCGCCACCAACAUUGCCGAAGCAAGCUUGACGAUUGACGGUAUCGUCUAUGUUGUCGAUACGGGCAUCGCCAAGCAGCAGGUAUACAACCCCCGGCUUGGAAUGUACGAUCUCCGCGUUGAGAGCAUUUCGCAAGCGUCUGCCAACCAGAGGAAGGGCCGCGCCGGCCGAACCCAGGACGGCAUUUGCUUCCGUCUUUAUACUAAAGCUGGCUUUGAGGACAUGUCUCCGUCCACUCAGCCAAAGAUCCUAACGCAGCCGAUCGACAGCGCUAUUCUGAAGCUCACGUCUGCUGGGUACAACAAGGUCGUUGACUUUGACUGGCUCACACGCCCGUGUCCCGAGUCGUUCAGUCGUGCGGCUCAGAACCUUCUUGACUGGGGGUUUCUUGGACCUGACAACAAAGUCAAUAACCACCUUGCGUUGUUGACUGCAUGGGACUACUUCAUGCGGGUUCGAGAGAUGUUGGCUGGCAAUAAGGCUUACAUGCUGCGUCAGUGGUGCGAGGAUCACUUCCUGGACAUGGAUGUCUUGGAGAGGAUCGUCAUGUCCCGCUGGCGUUUGGUCAAGCAGCUGCGAAGUGACCAGCACUUCAAAUGGCCCAAUUUGAACUUGCGGUUGACAACAUCCCAGUUCCCACGGGUGCUCAAGGCAUUGGCAACUGCCUUCUGUACGAAUCUCGCCGUGGUUCGAAGGAGAGAAGACAUCUACUUGACUGUCUACGCUGGCGUGGAGGCCAUGGUGGAGCCACACAGCGCCGCCAUUCAGUCCCAUUCCGAGUGGGUUGUUUAUAACACUCUGCAAAGAGCUGGUGGACGAGUCUUGCUCGAGGUCGUGUCUCCUGUCAGCGCGGAGUGGUUGGUGGACCUGCCCUAUUUCGCACCCGGCCGAGCGGCAAAAACUUACGACGGCACGGGCCUUCGGUUCCCGCACAUCCAAGAAUCGAUCGACCGCGCGAAAGCUCGACUGUCUGCCGCCGCUGGCAGUAAAUCAGCCAAAUCUGAGAACUGA